AUGGAGCAUUCCAGCGAACAAGAUAUCACCUUUCUGAACGCCACCAUCUUUGAUGGUUCCGGCGAAACUCCCCGAUUCAUUGCAAGUGUCCUAGUCAAGGAGGGCUAUAUUACUGCCAUCCGUGAUGCGACGUCUUCCAUUGAGCCCAAUGAGCUCAAGCAGAUGAGGGAUGCCGGAGUUCACAUUGUCGAUUGUGAGAACGGCAGAUGGAGUCUUUGCCCAGGCUUCAUCGAUAUGCAUGCGCAUUCAGAUCUGUCGCUCCUUCAUACCCCAUCUCACGAGGCGAAGAUCACGCAAGGUGUAACGACAGAGGUGAUCGGACAGGAUGGCAUCUCGUACAGCCCUGUAGAUGACGCAAGCAUGGCUCGCAUCAGAGAGCAGAUAUCUGGCUGGAAUGGUAAUCCUACCGAUCCUCCAGACUUCUUCAAUCGAUGGAAGACUGUCGGAGAGUAUCUGGAUGUACUGGAUCGCGAACGUAUUGCAACUAAUGCAGCAUAUCUGGUGCCUCAAGGCAACUUGCGAAUUCUCGUCAAGGGCUGGGACUCAAGCCCAGCGACUCCCGAUGAGAUUGCACAGAUGCAACGGAUACUGGCCAAGUCUCUUGCGGAAGGUGCUGUGGGUAUGAGCUCAGGGCUGACCUACGUGCCCGGCAACUUCGCUUCAGAUGAUGAGAUCGCCGAACUCUGCAAGGUUGUUAAGCAGUACGGAGGCUAUUACUGCCCGCAUACCCGAUCCUAUGGCAAAGGGGCACUAAAGGCCUAUGCGGACAUGAUUGAUAUUGGAAGAAAGACGGGCGUACGUCUUCAUUUGACACAUGCUACUCUGAACUACGCAGAGAACGCCGGAAGAGCCGACGAGCUAGUCACGAUGAUCGACCAAGCUAUCAGCGAAGGCGUCGAUAUCAGUCUGGAUACAUAUCCCUACCUGCCCGGGUCGACAACUUUGGCAUCAACUCUACCCAGCUGGGCUGCAUCUGCGGAUGAUAAAUUGGAGGUACUGAACGACCCCGCAAAGCUCGCCGAGAUCAAACGACUGGCACUUUUCGAGGGUACAGAUGGAUGUCAUGGCUGCACGUUACAUUGGGAUAUCCUGGAGAUUGGAGGUGUGCAGAAACAGGAGCUGGCGUCAGCAUAUGUUGGCAAGACAAUCGCGCAGAUCGCCGAAGAGCAAUCUAAGGACCCGUUCGACAAAUAUGUUGAGAUUCUGAGAGAAGACAACUUCCACAGUACAAUCCUGUCCCACUCAGGCCACGAGGGCAACGUUCGAAAGAUCAUGCGUCAUCCGCGCCACACAGGGGGAUCUGAUGGCAUCUUGACUUCUACCAAACCGCAUCCUCGGGGCUGGGGCACCUUCCCAAGGUACCUAGGACACUAUGCACGAGAUCUUCCGCAAGGCAAAUCGAGAAAUAUCUAUCACCCAAGAAGCAGCGAAGUAUACGACGCAGUCGAGCCCGAGACAGUGUUCCAAGGUGGUCUGGAGGAAGCCAUUGCCCAUCUCACUUCACGUCCAGCGAAAGUGGUGGAGGUCUCGGAUCGUGGCUGGAUCAAAACAGGCUUCCGAGCGGAUCUGGUCUUAUUCGAUGCUGAAAUUAUUCGUGACGCAGCCACAUACGCGAAGCCGAGACAACCUGCAAAUGGCAUUCGAGCUGUUCUUGUCAAUGGCAGAUUUGCGGUGGCUGAAGGCAAAGCUACUGGAGAGCGAGCCGGAAAGACCAUUCGUCUCAGGAGUGUUCAAUCUGGCGAGCAAACUGCCUCAAAUUAUGUCGUGUCCUAA